AUGGAGGAAGCUGAAGAAGGAACAGAAACUGAACAACUCAGAACUAUCACCUUCCAACGGUUAAAAUCACACACGAUGAACCUUCUCGAACUUUUGCAGAACCCUCACAAUCAGAAUCAGAAGCAUUGUUCUGUUACUGUCAUCCCCGAACUCCUUCGUUUCCUUCAGAAUUGUUUGCCUUCUACUUUACAGCCAUUCUUCGACUAUACUCUGUUUCCAUUAGUUCUACUUCUUGAUGCAGCAAUUCAGUGCAGAUCUACACAGAAAUUUGAUUCUCAGGAUGCUUUUGAUAUUCCAAAAACACCGUUUAAAGUGAGUGAUAGCGUUGCUGAAGGUAUAGUUCAUUGUUUGGAGGAACUUCUGAAGAAGUGUUGUUUGAAUUCAGUGAAUCAGAUGGUUGUGAUACUGAAAAAGUUAACGUACGGGGCUCUGCUGUCACCGUCUGAGGCUUCAGAGGAGUUUCGGGAAGGAAUUUUGCUUUGUUUCAAGGCACUGCUUUUGAAUUUAAAUUCCUGUUCUGACACGUCAUGCUCAUGUAAAACAAUUCCUGGUUUACCUGCACUCUCGGACGACAUUUAUGAUCAUAGACUUCAUGAGAAUUUCAAGAACGUUUCAGAAUCAGAAGAAUGCUUACUUGCAUUUCUCCGAUCCCAAACUGCGUCAGCUGCUGUAGGACACUGGAUAUCACUUCUUCUCAAAGCUGCAGAUACAGAGGCUGCAAGGGGACAACGUGGUUCUGCUAGAACUAGAAUUGAAGCCUUCAAAACUUUGAGAGUGCUGGUUGCUAAGGUUGGUUCUGCAGAUGCAUUAGCUUUCUUUUUACCUGGCAUUGUUAGUAACUUAUCUAAAGUUUUGCAUGGUGCAAAAACAAUGAUAAGUGGGGCUGCCGGAAGUAUGGAGGCUAUUGGCCUAGCAAUUAGAGGUUUGGCAGAGUUUCUUAUGAUAGUUCUCCGGGAUGAUGCUAAUGCAUCAGUCCUGGACAUGGAAGUGUCUGCAAGCUUUGAUCCAAACGAGUGUAAAUCUACUCUUUCUCUUUUGGAGGAGCUUCGUCACUUGCAAGUUAAAGAUUCUGUUAAAACAAAAGUUGUCGAAGAUAGAAUUGUCGAGUCAGAAAAGAUACCCUGUUCCCAAACUCAAUUCCAAGAAAUGGGAAGCACUGCCCCCGAUGGAGAUACCUUGUCUUUGCAUGUGACCCGAACAAAAGAUUGGAUCCAGAAGACAACAGCACAUGUUAAUAAGCUGCUGAGUGCAACUUUUCCACACAUCUGUAUUCACUCUUCACAAAAAGUGAGAAAGGGACUUGUUGAUGCUAUAAAAGGACUCUUAUUGGAGUGCUUCUACACACUGGGGGACAGUAGACUGAUGCUUCUGGAAUGCUUAUGUGCUUUGGCUGUUGAUGAAUCUGAUGACGUGUCUUCAACUGCACAAGAUUUUCUAGAGUGUUUGUUCUCUCAGAGUUGGAAAUCUUGUAUAGAACAUGAUGCUGCUAAGAUAUUUAUCAGGCACCUGGAAAAGCUUCCCAAAGUGGUGCUUAGCAAUGACGAGCCACUUGCUGUGUUACAUGCUCAACAAUUACUAACAAUAAUAUUUUAUUCUGGUCCUUGCCUAUUGGUGAACCAUCUUCAGUCGCCUUUAGGAGUAGCUAAGUUCCUGGAUGUGUUUGCUGCUUGCCUAAGCCAUAAUUCAGUGUUCUCUGGUUCACUUGGGAAAAUCACUUUAGCAAGUCAAUCAUCAACAGUAGGAUACCUUCCCUCAGUUGCUGAGUUGAAAUCUGGAUCUAAUUUCUUCAGUCAUGGCCUUCCUCUUUUAAAUUCUGGUGUUUGUGAAAACUCUAAGUGUGGCCUUAUUGACAAAAAAUAUGUACAAGAACCUGACGAAACUGCACCAAAGAAUUAUGCACUUCCUCGUAUGCCCCCGUGGUUCGGUUAUGUUGGUAGUGUUAAACUAUACCAGCCUCUUGCAAGGAUUCUCCGACUUGUUGGUUUAUCUAUAUUAGCAGAUCACAGUGGUGAAGGGCUUUUGUCACAUUUGACGGAGACCCUUCUUGGUAACUUCCGUAAAUUGGUUACUGAACUCCGUUUAAAAGAAUACAACAAUGAAAGCUGGCAGUCAUGGUCUCCUUUAAGUAAAGAAGUUCUGGUUCAGUCUUACAAGCUUGAUUGUGCUGUUCAUGAAUCUUUCUGGAAGAUGCCAAAGGAUACAUCUGUGAAAAGCCAUUUAGUUGAUUGCAUCGGUGGGAUCUUACACGAGUAUUUAUCUACUGAGGUGUGGAGUGUUCCUGUUGAUCGCAGAGUUGCUGACUUGCAGCUUAAUGUUUCAGAUGAAGAUAUUAGUCUAUACUUUUUCCAAGAUGCUGUUAUCAUCGAUGGAGUAGGAAUCUUUAAUCUUUGCCUUGGAACAAAUUUUAUUUCAAGUGGAUUUCUUCAUUCCUCUCUUUAUUUUUUGUUGGAGAAUCUCAGUUGUUCAAGUUACCAAGUUAGAAAUGCUGCAGAUUCUGUUUUGCAUAUAGUUUCCACCACAUCUGGCUAUGAAAUGGUUGGACAGUUAGUUUUGGAAAAUGCAGACUAUGUGGUCGAUUCAAUAUGUCGACAAUUACGUCAUUUGGAUGUCAAUCAUCACGUGCCAAAUGUGCUAGCAUCUAUUCUUUCAUACAUUGGAGUGGCUCACAAGAUAUUGCCCCUACUGGAGGAACCAAUGCGUUGUGUGUCAAUUGAACUCGAAAUAUUGGGUAGACAUCAACAUCCUGAUUUAACUAUACCGUUCUUAAAGGCAGUAGAAGAAAUAGUGAAGGCAUCGAAACGUGAAGCUUGUCAGUUGCCCCCUCAGGCAGAGUCAUUUUCCACCGAUGUCAGGUCUACAAUCUCCAUUGCAGAAGAAGCAACACAAGAUCAGUGGGAGGCCAUUUCAUUCAAGUUAAAUAAUUCUAGAAGAUAUAGACGAACUGUUGGUUCUAUUGCUGGUUCAUGUAUUACUGCUGCAAUCCCUCUUCUAGCAUCGUUUAGGCAAGAGAUAUGCUUAGCUUCUCUGGAUAUAAUUGAGAGUGGCCUGUUGGCAUUAGCAAAAGUAGAAGCAGCUUAUAAAGUCGAAAGAAAUAUUAAAGAAGCCAUGGAAGAGGCGCUAGAAUCACUUUCACUGUGUUACCUAAAGGAUACUUUGGAGGCUACUGAAGACGGGGCUGAUGAAAACAGGCUGCUUCCAGCAGUGAAUAAAAUAUGGCCAUUCCUUGUUACAUGUAUUCAAAACAGGAACCCAGUCGCUGUCCGGAGGUGUUUGAAUGUGAUCAGCAAUGUAGUACAAAUAUGCGGUGGAGAUUUCUUUACACGCCGCUUCCAUACUGAUGGAACACACUUCUGGAGACUUCUGACAACAUCCCCAUUUCGUAAAAUGUCCAAUUUCAAAGAUGAGAAGACCCCUUUACAACUCCCUUAUAGAAGCAGUUCUGUUAAUUCAGAGGAUUUGUUGGCAGAGACUUCUUAUCUGAAAGUUCAGAUUGCUGUGCUUAACAUGGUUGCAGAUUUAUGCAAUAAUAAGAGGAGUGCCACAGCAUUAGAACUUGUUUUGAAGAAGUUAUGCGGCUUAGUUGUAGGGAUAGCUUGCAGCAAUGUUGUUGGACUUCGCGAUGCUGCUUUAAAUGCUCUUCAUGGACUUGCAUCUAUUGAUCCAGAUCUUGUAUGGCUUCUCUUAGCUGAUAUGUACUACUCUGUAAAGAAGAAAGAUGCUUUGCCUUCUCCACCUAGACCAGAUUUACCAGAGAUCUCUGAAAUCAUUCCUCUUCCCUCAUCUCCCAAAGAAUAUCUAUAUGUGCAGUAUGGGGGACAGAGUUAUGGGUUUGACAUAGAUUUAGCUUCUGUUGAGUUUGUUUUCACCAAGAUUGAUUCUCUAUAUCAAAUGUAUAGCUGA